AUGAUUAUGGCAGUUUCCGUAGAAGGUAAAACAUAUUAUAGAAAAAAAUCACAUAGAGAAACAUCCGGCGACGCGAGAAACGAACAAUAUUAUCAAAUAUCAAGACCGAAAUACAGAUUAAAAACCGUUAAUCGUUACGUACCGGAAACGACCGUUCAAAGGCCGAUUUACGUUCGACCCAUUAAAAAUAAAAAUCCUUUACCCAAUAAUAAAAAUGUUGCCGAUUCCGUCGGUAGCGAAAAUAUUUUAACGCCGACAAAAUUUGCAUACAGUAAAUAUCAAAAUUAUCCUCAUAAUCCGUACAUAUUUGCAAAUGUUGUCGCAACAUCGACAAAAUCAAACGUUCCUAACACCGUACAAAGAAUUCCCGUCGAUUCUCAGGAAGAAAGUAAUACAAAAUACAAAUACGGAUACAGAGUUAGCGACCCUCGUACGAGAGCAGAAUUUGGACAUUCAGAAAUUAACGACGGACUCUUUGCCAAAGGGGAAUACCACGUUUUACUACCUGAUGGGAGGCUUCAAAACGUUAAAUAUCGAGCGGGACCAUCCGGAUACAAUGCGGUCAUAAGUUACGAUCAUCAAUAA